CAACGCCUAAAAUCAUCACUCAUCAUCAGCCUUCGACAUUCGACAGCAGCUAGGUUUUUCCAAAAACACGAUUAGGGUUUCAGGAUCUUCUUCCAAAAAAUCUUUGGUUCAAGAUGUCUAGGGUUUACAUCGGGAAUUUGGACCCCCGAGUCACUGAACGAGAACUCGAGGAUGAAUUUCGCGUAUUUGGAGUUAUUAGAAGUGUGUGGGUUGCCAGAAGACCCCCUGGUUAUGCUUUCAUUGAUUUUGAUGAUCGCAGGGAUGCCCAAGAUGCAAUUAGGGACCUUGAUGGUAAAAAUGGCUGGAGGGUUGAGCUAUCACACAACUCUAGAGGCGGAGGUGGAGGUGGAGGUGGAGGCAGCCGUGGUGGGGGUCGUGGUGGACGCUCUGGUUCUGAUUUGAAAUGCUAUGAAUGUGGCGAGCCUGGUCAUUUUGCUCGAGAGUGCCGAAUGAGGGGUGGUUCUGGAAGGCGUAGGAGUCGUAGCCCUGCUGCUAGAUAUCGCCGGAGCCCAAGCUAUGGUAGAAGGAGUUUAAGUCCUCGUGCUCGCUCACCUCGACGUCGCAGUUUGUCUCCAAGGCCCCGCAGCUACAGCAGAUCGCCUCCGCCUUAUCGUGGACGAGAUGAAGUGCCAUAUACCAAUGGGAAUGGUAUCAGAGACAGGCGUAGGAGCAGAAGCUGAGCUAGGAUGUUAUAUGCACUUUUGAGUCUCUUCUGAAGUUCUUCAAGUGUUUACUGUGGUUGGACUUAUUUACGUCUUAGUUAAGAUGGGCGACACCCUUGGGUUUCGACUCCUGGAUUUGGUUGUGUGAUUUCUAUUUAAGUAGUAAGUUUGUCACUUUAACCUUAUUGUUGCCUUAUCGUUUUCCCUUUAUACUUAUGGACCUUAUAAUGUCUUAUAGUCGGCUCUGAUGUUGCUAUUUGAUAUUUUAUCAUUAUAAUUAUAUUAAAGAACACUGCUAAAAGUUUAUGGUUUUGUUUUCUGUGUCGAGGUGUCUGCCUGCUACUGCUUCAUUGGUUUUGUACAUCUGCACUUGUGGUUUCGACCUUCUCUGCCCUGCUGUGGGAUCUUCAAUUUGAAUUAUUGUGGAUCCCAGCUGGCUACUCUGCUAGAUGCUACUUUUCAUUGCUUUCUGCGGCUAAGAUGCGUCUCUCCUCAAUAUUUAUUGUUAUGUAGAACUCCGCUUGUGGUUUCGACCUUCUCUGCCCUGCUGUGUGAUCUUCAAAUGUGAAUGAUUGUGGAUCCCGUUGUAGAACUUCACUUGUGCUUUCAACCCGCCCCGCCCAUGCCCUGCUGUGGGAUCUUCAAUUUAAAUGAUUGUGGAUCCCGGCUGUUUACCCUGCUAGAUGCCACUACUUUUAAUUGCUUCUCUGCGGCUAAGAUGCUCCUCUCCUCAAUAAAUACGGUAUUUGAUUAGAUUUAAGGAUGAUGGUCGGCGGCUUCACAUGCUUCUGGCAGGUAUUUAAUCUACUAUGUGGAAGUCGGCAUUUAACUUAAUCCUUAAUACUGCUCUAAAUGAUAGUACAUCUUUUUAUCAGCAUGAUUCAUCCCUAAGUAUUUAGUUGACAUUUCAUGAGUUGGAAGCAGAGGAACUAGGUGUGGAAGAGUCUGAACUUCAACUUAACUUGUGCAUAUUCCUUGCAACCUUUUCAUUGACAUAAGAUCUAUAGGUGUUAUUUUAUGCUGUGAUAAAUGCAUAACGAACCCAUCUCGAGCAUUUGUGUGUAGCGAUUAGGAUUUUGGUUUGUUUCAUUUGAAUCGGGGCCUGAUGGUAUCUGCAAUGAACUAUCGAGGCAGUUUGUCUUUGUUAACACCGUCAUCUACUUUACCCUCUGGCUGGAUAGCUCAUCUUCGAAUGCUCUUCAAUUGACACAAAUUCUUAAUAGGCCUCCAGAAGGCAGAGUUUUCUGCUGUGAAUUUUUAGGUGUUUUGAGGAUUUGAUACAAUAAUUUGUAUUUUAUACUACAUAAAAAGUUAAUUAGAUAUACGUGAUUCGAAA